AUGCCGAGUCCUACACCCGAGCCGCCAAUGCUGCCUCUACCAUGCGCCCCGAACUCCAACUGGAGCAGGUUCCGUCACCAUCUCAGCUCCAUCUUCAACGGCGUCGACCCUCGAGUCUUCACGGCCUUUUGGCUGUUCGGUUUAAUAAAUAAUGUUCUAUAUGUCAUCAUUCUCUCCGCGGCACUUGACCUUGUCGGCCCCAGCGUACCUAAGGGCGUAGUCCUGCUCGCCGACGUGGUUCCAUCUUUCUUCACGAAAUUAUGCGCUCCUUACUUUAUCCAUGUCGUCCCUUAUCCGGUUCGAAUGUUUAUAUUCGUUGCAUUAUCCACCUUCGGAAUGUUUCUAGUUGCCCUAUCGCCAGCCUACAAUUCAGCCACCGCCAAUAGUUCGAUCACAACCAAGUUGGCGGGAGUAAUGCUAGCGAGUCUAUCAAGCGGAGGUGGAGAACUCAGCUUUCUCGGUCUCACGCAUUUCUACGGACCGUUUAGUCUUGCUGCGUGGGGUAGCGGCACGGGCGCUGCUGGGUUGGUGGGAGCUGGUGCAUACGCUUUGGCUACAACUUCGUUCGGUUUCUCGGUGAAAGCAACAUUGCUGGCUUCAGCACUUCUGCCUGCCGUUAUGAUGAUAAGCUUCUUCGGAAUUCUACCUAGAGGACCGAUGCUGCGAAUUAGUCAUGGAUAUCAAACUAUUGAGGAGGUGGAGAGAGGAGAAGAUCCACGAGAAAAUGAAGCUCGACGGCCUCUAGAUGAACCUUUAUCGGAUCAUCGAGAUGGAAUAGAAGGUUUACUCGCAGAUCCCGUUGGUACUAACGAUCUGAAGAAGACACCUUCGCAAGACUCGAGCCUGUCGUGGCAGCUAUUCAAGGCAAACCUGAGCCGCGCUAGGAGUCUGUUUUUCCCAUUCAUGUUCCCUCUCCUACUUGUCUAUAUUGCUGAAUAUACCAUCAACCAAGGCGUUGCGCCCACUCUCCUGUUCCCGCUCAGCGAGGGUCCCUUUAAACAUUACCGUGCCUUCUAUCCAACCUACAAUGCAAUCUACCAAGUCGGAGUCUUCAUCUCGCGGUCCUCCACCCCGUUCUUUCGUAUCCAUGACUUGUAUUUUCCGUCAUUUCUUCAGGUACUUAACCUCAUCCUACUUACUCUCCAUGCACUGUUCAACUUUAUACCAAACGUCUACAUUGUUUUCUUGGUUGUCUUUUGGGAGGGGCUUCUAGGCGGCUUGGUUUAUGUCAAUACCUUCGCGGAAAUCACAGAUCGCAUACCGAAGGAGGAACGUGAAUUUUCCCUGGGAGCAACUACAGUCAGCGACUCGGCGGGCAUCUGCAUCGCAGGACUGUUAGGGAUGGUUUUUGAGGUUUGGUUAUGCAACUGGCAAGUUUCUCACGGGCGAGACUAUUGCCAAAAGACAUAG